AUGAAGGCGGUCAACAUUUUCCCUUCCUGGAUGCGACAAAGCUGCGUCGGACCUCGCAUCCGCCCCACCACUCGGAUCGGGUUGAGUGGGCAACGUGUCCCACCACCUCUUUAUUUCAUCAACCGUUUCCGGUUGGACACUCGUCGCCCCAUAUCCACCUCUUACGCCCUUGGGUCGACUUUCAAAUCAUCGGCGGAAUUAGUAGCAAAGUGGUUGUCGUUCCCGGCCAUUUCGAAGCCAGUGGUUCGCCACGUGACCACAAACGACUCGGCACGGCCCCUUUCCGCUCCUAACGACGACGACAGCGUCACCGACCGCAAUACCUCUCGCAUCGACAGCGAUGGCUCCUCUUCCCCGAUCGUCAAACUGAGACCGUAUCAGAUCGAUUGCAUCAAUGCCGUGCUAGACAUCUUGGAGAACACGGACCUCACCCGUUUGGCAAUCUCCUCCCCCACGGGUGACUCGGCGGACCCGUACGAACUGGACGCAAUCCAGGAACCAGACUAGCUUAUGACUUCGCUCUCACGAUUCAAUUUUUCGCAGGCAGCGGUAAGACGGUCAUGUUCACCGCACUCAUCCCUCGCGUCCCACCCAGAAUUUGCAGCGACGAGUCUCCCCGAGUUGUUGCUCGUCGCGUUCUCAUCGUCGUCGGAGCUGUACACCUCGUUCACCAAACCGCACAGACGGUAAAGCGCUUUCUUCCUGAUGCUGUACGUUCCUCGGCGGCUAAGAAAUUGGGUGCUCCCUGAGAAAAGUGUCGCGAUCGCUGAUGAAAGGGGCUUUGGUAUAAUGUCAGAGCGUCGAAAUUGAGCAAGGGGAAUUUCAUGCGAGUGGUUGCGCCGACGUCACUAUUGCAUCCUGCCAGGUGUCCUGUGGGGGAGCCGCGAAUGGAGUACCAAGAAGGGCCGUACUGAAUUUUCGUGAUCACAGAGCUUGGAAAAACGACUCGACAGCUAUGAUCCGUCAACGUUCAAGGCUGUGAUCAUUGACAAGGUGUGAGAGUGACCCAUUCCGUAUCCAUUUCCCAAGACGUGAUUAGUAAAGACGAUUGCUCCAAGUCCUCAGGCUCAUCAUUCUGUUGCCGAGACCUACCUCAAGAUUACGCGCCACUUUGAUCCACGGCUCGUACGACUCGGCAAAGCGAGUGAUCGACCACUCGAACAGAACAAUGUUGAACCCUAUGUAUUCGAGCACUCGAAGACGGAUUGUAAACGACCACUCCCCCGCCACCUCGGUCCUACGCCUUUCACGAUGUCACCGAACGGCGAACCGUGUGUGCCGAUCAUUGGGGUGAGCGCCACACUCUUGCGAGCGGACAAGGUCUCGGUCGGCAAGGUUUUCGAGAAGAUCGUCUGGCACGCUUCUUGGUUGGACAUGAUUGCUGCAGGAUACUUGUCCAAGAUGCGUUUCACCACCGUCAAACUUGGCAAUGGAUUGGAUCUCAAAUCCGUCCGGAGGAAAGGGAAGAAUGGUGACUUUGUCCUCAAGGCGUUGGCGGAAGUGGUUGAUCGAAAGACGGUGAAUGAGAUCGUUGUCGCGGUGUACAAGAACAAAAUUCAAGGAGUCUACACUUCCACUGUGAUGUAUGCGUGCAACAUCCAACAUACGAAAUCACUGCAGGUUGAGUUUCGGGCGCAAGGAGUUCUUGCGCGCGCGGUUGAUGGUACCACGUCAAAGGACGAGAUCGAGGAAGUCCUUGAUCGCUUUCGAGCCGGUGAGAUGCAUGUACUCAUCAAUUGCAGUAAGUCUGCGCGCAUGAUUCUGACGAGCUGGACACUCCACUCAUUCACAUUCUUUCAUGAUGCUGCAGAUCUCUUCAUGGAAGGCGUUGACCUCCCAUGUAUCGACUCGAUCAUGGCAGUUCACCCGACCCACUCCUGGCCACGGUGGUUGCAAAUGCUCGGCCGAGGAAUGCGCCUGAGUCCCGAGACGAACAAGACUCACUGCCAUGUGUUCGAAUUCGUGGGAAACGCGACCGACGGGCUUGCGUGUUCCCCCAACCUACUUGAUGUCGGUUUCAGAGUUAUGCCGGAGUGUAAGCUCCACCUUCAUACUUUGUGGACACUCGCAAAAUGGGGCUGACAGCGUAUCACGCUCGCACAGACCGAUCGGCCACUGGAGGCGGCGAAAAAAUGGCACCACCGCCAAUCGAACUCAUGAGUGAUAUUCAAGCGCAUGACAUCAUUCCUCACCUUGGACAUGACGUCUUUGGGUCUGCACCGGAGUAUCUUGCCGCUUCUUCACCCGACGAUCCUUCCGGUCACCUUGACCUGUGGCGAAGCACUCCCAAUGCGUGGAUUGGGCUCGGCAAUGACGCUUACGUUCUCGUGGUUGGCAAGAAACGUCAGAUCAAAGUCGAAGGACAUGCGUCUGGAAAUGGAACACUUUGGAAGGCGACCGGUUACGAGGACGGUGAUGAUGAAGACGAGUUUGGUGACAUUCUCUCUGAGUCGGUCACACUCGGGAAAGCACAGGAUCUGGCAUCUCUGAUCAAGGAAAUGGACCAACUCGUCUGCAACGACCCUGACUGGCGCCCCGACUUCUCACUCAAUCGAAACGCGCAGUGGCGAUCGGAAGACCCGACCGAAGCGCAAUGCAAUUACUUGGAAAUGCUGGAAAUGCGGUUGCAGGACUACUCGAUACUCUCAACAAAAGGCCGAGUGAGCAGUCUGUGGGUGCCCGGACGAGAAUCUGAAAACGCCGAGCUACUAGCGAUGGAGGAGUUGACACGAGGUGAAAUGACCGAUGCGAUUACGCGUGUCAAAUGGGGUGGGAACGAGUGUUGGACAGCACUCAAGAAGCGAUACGGAAAUUGUUGA